UAUUUAUGGUCAGCGAGGCUUCGUUUGUCAUCGAUGACGUAGGUAACAUCACUAGUUAUCAGCCAAUCAGGAGUCGACACUGAGAUGACGUUGGGACGCUCAAGAUGGCGUCAGAUUCAAACGGCUCCUGGAUAAUAUUUGCUGGGUUUUAAAGUCACCCUGACUGCGGGGAGAUGCAGGUAGAAGCAGCGGAGCGGAGGAGAGAGAGUGGCCGGAGAAAGGGUGCGGAGAGCGGGCAGAGCCGAGCGGAGCCGCGGGGGGAGAGAACCGUGGAGAGAGAGAGUGCGAAAGAGAUUAUCCCCACGAUGCAACAGAAAGAGAAGAAGGCAGGAGAGAGAGGAAGGAGAGAGGGGAAGGAAGGUGAGGAAGGUGAGGAAGGGAGGAGGAAGCGGAAGGAGGUGAGGAGCAGGAAGACGGCGUCAGAAGGAGAAGAAGGAGGAGAUCGGGAGGAGAAGAGGAGGAGGAGAGUCCAUCAGCUGGAGAAGGAGAACCUGGAGCUGACCAGCCGACACAACCAGGAGGUGUGUGGGCUGCAGGCGGAGCUGACCCGUCUCAGGUGCUCUGUGGAGGGGGGGGAGGCUCAGAGAGAAGAGCUGCAGUACCAGAUCACUGUGAGCCAGAGGGAAUCAACCCGGGACAAACACACACUCACAGAGCUCCAGGUGACGGUGGCAGAGUUGCAGAAAUCUCUCGACAUCACGCGGCGCUGCAGGGAGGAGGACCAGCAUGCAUUGCAGCAGGAAGUGGAGGAGCGAGACAAACUGAUCCACACCUUGAGCUCGGAGAACCAACGACUACACCAACUGCUGCAGGAUCAGGAGGAGGCUCUGGAGGAGGCGCAGAGAGAAAGAGAGAAAGAGGAGGAGGAGAGGAGACGAGAACACAACAAACUGAAAUACCUGGAGGAGAAGGAGGAGAGGAGCAGGAGGGAGAAGGAGGUGUUGGAUCAGAGAGUAAAGACUCUGGAGUCGAACAUGGAGGCGGAGCGAGCCGCUCACCUGGGGUCAAAGUUCAACUCUGAGAUCAUCCAGCUGAGGGGGCGGGACCUGGAGGCGACGCUGAGCUCUGAGCGAAUCAUCUUGCAGGAAUCUCAGAGAGAGAGAGAGCUGCUGAAGAGUCAGAUGAGAGAGGAGGAGAGAGAGAGGAGUGUGCAGAGCGAGAGGGGGCGAGAGAGGGAGGCAGCGCUGCACAGGCUGCAGCAGGAGUACGAGCAGUGUAAGGCUGACCUCAGCGUUGCCUUGGAGACAGAGAGGACGACGACCUCUGACCUCAGACAAACGCUGGAGGAGGAGAAGAGACGACACACACACACACACACUCUGCUGGAGCAGGCGGCUAAACGUCAGAGUGACGCAGAGGAGUGUGUGAAGCUCAUCAUGGAAACUCUCCAGCAACACACUGAUCCCGCAGCAAAGCAUGAUGGGAGUUGUAGUCCCUGUGCUGACGUGUUGCAGCUGCUGAGGAAGACUCUGGAGACGAAGGAGCGACAGAUCCAGGAUCUGCAGCAGCUGACCUCAGAUCAGAGCCGACAGCUGCAGGAGUUACAGCAGGUGUCAAUCAAACUAACAGAGGAGGUGACACGCCUUCAGAAGGAGAGCUCUGAUUGGUCGACGCAGAGGGAGGAGAUGGAGAGAGAGAGGGAGAGAGAGAGGGAGAGAGAGAGGAAAGAAAAGGAGAGAGAGAGGGAGGAGAUGACGUCAGAAAUCCAGAAGAUCAGCGAAUACUACGAGAAAGAGUCAAAGGAGCGUCUCUCCUUCCUGUAUUGUGUGUAUCAGCGUCUUCUCGCCGGCUGCGUUCUGCUCCGUCAGCCCCAAAGCAUGCUGGGUAAUUUCACCUGGCAGGAGCUGUGUGAUGUCAUCAACGAGCAGGUGGGUCAAGUGACCUCUGACCUGCGGGAGGCCAACGACAAGAUCGCCCACCUGCAGAGUGUGUGUGAGCAGCGGAGUGUGUGUGUGCACGAGCAGCAGUGUGUGUUGUCUCGUCUGAAGGAGAGUGUGAGGAGGAGGGAGGAGGAGAGGAGCAGCCGACACACACACACCGUCACACAGCUGCAGGAGGAACUGCAGGUGUGUCGCUCUCAGCUCUCCUCCCUCCGUCACCACGCCUCCUCCCUGGAGCUCCUCUCCUCCUCCCUGACCUCCGACCUCUCUCUCCUGCGGGGGGAGGCGUCCUGCUUCCUGUGGGCGUGCGUCCUGCUGGGGGGCGCGCUCACACACACACACCUCCGCCUGCAGCAGGUGUGUGUGCAGAAGAGGGUGGUGUGCAGACGGCUGCAGGAGAGGGAGGGGCUGGAGGGCGAGGUGAGGAGGCUGCUGGGAGCUCUGGGAAAGGAGGAGGAGGAGGAGGAAGAAGGGAGGAAGAGGAAGAGGAAGAUGGCGGUGAGGAGGUGGAGGAAGAGUGUGUGUGUGGUGAUGGCGGUGAGGAGGUGGUGUUUGAUCAGUAAACACACAGCUGUGGUGUUCAGGCUGCAGAAGGGAGGAGGCUGCAGCGCUACGGAAACACAGGAGGGUCAAAUCACCCCCCCCACAGAUGCUGAUGGAGGUGUGUGUGCUCGCUGGCUGCGCUCCAAACGUCUCUCCUCCGUCAUCCUGUCCUCCAUGGCCGACCUGCAGGGGGCGCUAACACACACUGGCUCCUCCCCUCCAGAUGUGACGCCAUUGGCUCGUUCCGCUUUGUCCCGCCUCCUGGAUCACCUUCUCGACCAAUCAGACGCAGAGUCCGGUCUGCCUGGCUCCGGAUUGGACGAGGACUCGCUGAGCGGCCGUUUGAGGGGCGGGCUCAACAGAGUGACGCCUCCACAGCCCGACAGCAAGGCGCUGGUGUCGACCCUGCAGCAGCACUUCCUGGUUUUUAGCCAACGGCUGCACUCGGCUGAGGUGGAGAGGCGGAGCUUAAGGCUGGAGGUAGUCAAUCUGAAGAGAGGACUGCGGCAGGAGAGAGAGGAGAGCUGCAAGACGGUCCCGGAGCAGCAGUUCCACAGUGUGUGUGUGGAGCUUCGUCAGGCGCUGGGCAGAGAGCAGGAAGUCCAGACGCUCCUAAAGGAACAAACUGACGCACAACACACACUCGGCCAAACCACUCAGUCUCUGUGUGACGCUCGGCAGGAGGUGACCAGGAAGGAGCGCUCGCUGAGGAUUCUGGGUAAACACCUGUCGGGGGUUCAGAGGGAGAGGAAGCACCUGGAGGAAGAGCUGAUCGACACACACAGACGUAGAGAUUGUCUGAUCAGCAACAUGAGGGCGGCGGAGAUGAGUUACAUGCAGGUCAGGGAGAGUCUCGUCCAAUCACGUGGCUGCCUGUCAGCUAAGCCCCGCCCCCUGCCGUCACUCAAGGAGCACCUGAGUGGAGCAGAGUGCAUCAUGGGAGCUCCGGAGGUGGCAGCGUGUCAGACUCUCCUCUCUUCCGCAUCUCAACUGUUUCUCGCCUGCUGCUCACGGAUUGGCUGGCUGGAACAGGAAGUCUCCGCCCACAUCAGUCAUGUGACCGCGCUGCGUGGCGAGCUGCAGGACGUCUGUCUCCGUGACAACCUGGCCUUCGUACCCGUGGAGGGUUUUCCCAAAGCGUUCCCAUUGGCUGACGUGGAGACCUGGCAAGCUGUUCCUCUCUCUGAUUGGUCGAAGGAGCUGCCAGUCAGUUUAAACCCCGCCCCUUUCUCUCCUCUCUCCAAAGAAGUGAAGAAGAAGAGAGGAGGAAGGAAACAGAUUUAAAAUGUUUUUUUACAGAAAAUGAAAACUAGACGAAGAUAUUUAGGAAUCUUUCUAGAUUUAA